UCCUGUUUGGUGUUGAAGUCAGUAACGGAUGCACCCUUUGGCAAAAGUGGACUCCAGCCCACUGUCGAUUACUUUUUUUUUUUUCUCACACUGUUUUAUAGCUUAUUCAUUUAUUUAGCCCACCUAAUUCAUAUUGAGUAGUGACACAAUCACGGAGAGUUCUAAAAUAAUGAAAAUUCAAAAAGAUCAGUUGUAGUUUGUAUAGAGUUUACAUGAUCAUAUUCUGAGAUGUAAUUGAAAAUGGAGUUUAUGCUACUAUAGUUAAAAUUUAUUAAUACUUGCUCUGUGUUAUUUUUUACGAACAAUUCUAAAAGUAAAAACAAUAGGGGGCCACGAACCCCCCCUUUUUUUUAGCCCACCCUAUUACGAAAUCUUGGCUCCUCCAUGCAGUAUUUAUGAAUAAUGCCCAAUUUUGAAAAUGUUGAUUUGAUUCUCUUUAUAUUUAUGCAGGGAUAACCUAAAGUUAUUUCAUCUGGUGGGUUGAAGAAUGGGGAUAAUGAUUAAAUAAAUGAAGAACGGUACAAUUUCCUAUUGGAGGCUCACGUCACGAUGGCCCACGAGUGUUUUCAAAAAUUCUAUACGUGUGAAUGUGAUUUCGUAAUAUAUUAUGCGGUUAUGAGAAAUGAAGAAGCCAACCUACCAUACUUGCUUUUUUUCGAUAGGCACGUGUUUGUAUUGUGUCGUCUAUUACAUGCAUACAGAAUCAGAUUCUAUCUGUACAUUUAUAAAAGGGUUUGCCUCGGUUGCAUUCUGGACACAAACACACUUAGGGUUGCGGCAUAGAAGGCUGUGCUGCGGCGUAGAAAGAAGAGAUUUCUCGGCAGAUUGUGACAGUCAUUGAUAGAAAAAAAAGUUUCAGCGAAAAGGAUGCAUAUCGUCAAAAAACGCCGUAGAUCUCUUGAAAAAGCCCCAGAGAACAAGAAGAUGAAGGAAGAAAACGGGGCUGAUUCUGAUGGGAUAGAUAGAAUCAGCAAUUUACCGAACGAAAUCCUUUGUCACAUUCUAUCACUCAUGCCCGUAAAAUACGCAGUCGGCACCUCUAUUCUCUCCACCAAAUGGAAGAACCUCUUCCCUUUAAUCCCAAACCUGAGGCUCCGAUUGGACGAUUCUUUACUCUUACACCCAGAAACUCCCCCAAUCGUUUACCUAGUCAGCUUUAUCAAGUUCGUCGACAGGUUGCUCAACAUCACUCUACUCGACGCGCCUUCUCUACAGUUCCUAUGCCUGCUGUGCCAGAAAUUCAACGACGGGCGAGUAAUCGGCAGGUGGAUCAGUUCUGCACUGCGUCUCAAAAUCAGGAGGAUGGACAUUCGCAUCCGCCGACUCAGAUUCCCUAAGUUCAUAUUCGACAGUCUUUACGGGUGCAAUAUCACCUCGCUGAAUAUUUUGUUCGACUUUGCCGAUAACGCACUUGUGUGCAGAUUCAACCUGCCGAAUCUCCACAUGCUCUCGGUCCAGUGCAUGAAGUUCGUUCACCUGAAUAUUCUUGUGGCAUCUUGCCCAGUGUUGGAGUACUUAGUGCUGAACAGUUGUAUCUGCCAGCCUGGCAGGGUGCUCAGGAUCUCCGUUCCUUCUUUGAAGGCUUUGAAAGUGAUCAGUGCGGUCCACGCGUUCCAGAGUGAGUUUGAGAUCGAUGCCCCGAAUCUCGAAUAUAUAAACUACGAAGGAUUCUUGGUUAAGAGUUAUAAGGUAACGAGGAUGCGGUCUCUGAGGAUAGCUCGAUUUGAACUAGACGAAACUUUCGUUCAGUAUCCAUUUGAUGCUGGCGAGAAAGCGUUUGAGCUUGCUAGGUCUUUUGCUGGUGCUGAGAAGUAUUGGAUGUCGAAACAAUUUAUAACGCUACUGCAAAAUUGCCCCCAACCGCUGCCCAUAUUUACGAAAAUGAUUUAUGUGUCCAUAAAAUGCAUGGACUUUAACGGGUGGGGAUUGCUUGCUCGUCUCCUUGGCUGUGCGCCAUUGCUAGAGAAGCUGUUGUUCAGAUCGGGUUUUGAUCUCGAGAGCUACGAAAAUUUCAAGGCUUCUCUGCAGGAACCAGUGUCCUUUCAUAUGUCUAGGGAAGGUGUAUCGUUCGUUGUUUUGCAAAUCGAACGUAAUGUUGAAGGAAACUGAGUUCGUCUUUUUCGCCUGGUUGUAGUGGUGCAGUGCACAGCUGAAGUUAGAGGCUUUCUUUUUUUUUUUCUUUUUUUUUUUUGAACAAAAUGGUAAGGAUUUCUCAGGAAUUCUUCCUGUAAAAUGUGAACCUCUGUCAUAAUAAGUCAUUUAAUUGACAAAAUAUUCAAUAUUUUCUGGCAUUUUAUUUUGGAUUGUAUCGUUUAUUGAAUGCUUGGAUGAUGGACCAGGUGUCCUAUUUCUUUUUAAUUAUUAUCCGUAAUUUAUAAAUUCCGCUCGUUUGUCGGCGAGAUUAGCUAUGA